AUGAAAGCCAUUACUCUUGCUACAGUUUGUCUAGCGAGCAAGGCUAUCGCUGCAGGUGUCACUGGAACAGCCUUUGGCAUGGCCGCCGGCACUACAGGAGGAGGCAGUGCCACUCCAGCAGCUCCCUCCGACAUCGCACAACUCGAGUCAUGGCUAGCUGACGACACCCCUCGUGUUAUCCUGAUCGACAAAACAUUUGACUUUACAUCCAGUCUGGGCACCGCCACCUCAGCCGGCUGCUACCAAACCUGUGAUGUUUUUCACGGCGGCCAGGACUACAUCGGCACGCUCUCAUGCUCCGGCAGCGUGAUGACGGCGGUCUCGUCAAUUACUUACAAUGCAGCCGGUGCCAGCCCACUCACCGUCAACAGCAACAAAUCGAUAGUCGGCGUCGGCAGCAAGGGAAUCAUCCAGGGUCGCGGCCUGCGCCUCAACGGUGCCUCCAAUGUCAUAAUCCAGAACGUCCACAUCUACAACAUCAACCCACAGUAUGUCUGGGGCGGCGACGCGCUUACCAUACAGAACGCAGACAAAGUCUGGGUCGACCACUGCAAGUUCAGCCUCAUCGGUCGGCAGAUGAUCGUGUCUGGCUGGGAUGCGGCAGGCCACGUCACCAUCUCUAACUGCGAGUUCGAUGGUCGGACGUACUGGUCCGCAACCUGCAACAACGAGCAUUACUGGACUCUCCUGCUCAUCGGCGCGAGAGAUUACUACACGUUUUCGGGGAAUUACCUGCAUCAUCUGUCUGGUCGUGCACCACACUACGGGACCAGUAACAACGACGCUACGAACGUCUUCCACGCUGUCAAUAACUACUUUGAGGAUAUGGCCGGCCACGCCUUUGACAUUGAGGCAAAUACCUGGUCGCUCAUAGAGGGAAAUGUCUUCAGCAAUGUAACAACGCCCAUGACCGCGGCGUCGACCACAAAGUCGAACGCCAUCUUUAACGUGCCGUCGGGUGCCGAAUCAACCUGCACCUCAGUGAUUGGGCGCGCGUGUGUCGCUAAUCAAGUUAUUGGCGGUUCGGGAACUCUGACUGCUGUUAGGAAUACCGCCGCGCUGACGCAGUUGGCGGCAGCAGGCGCCAAUCGCAUUCUUGCUGCCAGCGCAGUGUCUGGCGUCGUCGCAUCUGUCAAGGCCAAUGCGGGAACUGGGAAGUUGUAG